GUUCCUACAUUCAUUAUUUCCUCAUUACUAAAAAAAACUUGUAAUCAAAGGGAGUCUGACAUAUAAGAUCAAGAUAUAAGAUUGUGAAGAUGGCUAGUACACCAUUUUUGUUUUGUGGACCAUGUGAGACAAGGAAGGCUCAUAGACAGGCCAUGGUUUGGUGUUCCGUUUGUAUGGAGGGACUAUGUAAAGAAUGCGCGGAGCUCCACCAAUCAUCCAAGUUGUCAAAAGACCACAGCACGUUUAACGAGGAUAUUUAUCCUCUCCUCAGACCGUUUCUAAAUGAUCUAACAACCGAGUGUUACGAUCACAAGAAGAAGUUUGAUUUUUUCUGUCAAUCACAUUCGACUUUGUGCUGUGUCAAUUGCGUCACCGACACUCAUCGCCAAUGUGACGUCAAACCAGUCGAUGACGAAUCUCAAAGUCCGAGAGCAUCGAUUGCUUCUUCAAAAAUGGAAGACGAUCUUGUCGGUGUCUUAGAAAGGAUAGAAAAAAUCAAAUGCCACCGUACUGACAAUAUAAAAUUUCUCAAUGAACAAAAAGAUGUUUUACAGUCGGAAAUCAAAAAUGUCAGAAAAGCGCUAAAUGAACAUCUUGACAAGCUUGAAAAAGCUAUUUUAGACGAAUUGAUAGUAGGUGAACAGAAGCACAGUUUAGAUAUCGCACAGUUUUUAUUUGACAUUGACACCAAGAAGCAGCAACUAGUUGAUAUUCAGACAAUAUCUGGAUGUAUAAAGAAAAUUGGUUCUGGUGUCCAAACUUUCCUUGCAUCCAACAAGUUGGAAAAGAUGUUCUCGAAAGAGAAGCGAUUAAUUGAAGCAACUCUGAAGGAAAAUGAAGGCGAGAACUUACAACUAUACCUACAUUUAAAUCCAAGAAUUAUAUCUCUAACUAACGAUAUCAAAAGUUUUGGAAGCAUUGAUACCCAAGAAAAACCUCCUCCUUCUGCAAUCCCCGAAUCCAUAACAAGGGCGGAGAAUAGGAACUCUACUAAGAGCAUUGCAUCACGGGUAAUUGAAACAACAGAUCCAAAUAGAGUUAUGCUCAAAGUGAUAAAGAAAAUCAAGACCUGUAAACGGAAGUCAAGAAUACCGAUUGAUCUUAGAGGCUGUGUAAUUUUAGCAGAUGAAAAACUUCUGUUUGCCGACUGGAGUGAUAAUAAGAAGCUUAUAAUGUUUAAUAUUGAUGGAACACACAACAGGGAUAUUGGCGUGACGGGAAAACCAUAUGAUAUAACCCGUCUAGAUGGAGACCGAAUAGCAGUCAGCUUUCCCGAGGACAACAUUGUACAGAUAUUUGAUGUUGUCAGCAAUGGAUACCCUAUAUACCAAAACAUCAAGAUGACGGACCAGUGCUGGGCUAUUUUCUACAACGACGAAAAAUUGUUUGUAGGCUGCAAUGGACAUAAAAUCCAGGUAAUGAACCUGAGUGGAAGAAUUCUACAGACAGUUCCAGCCAAAGUCAAUACAGUAUACUGCGUCAAUGCUAACAACGACUGCGUGUACUAUUCAGACGAGAUUAACAACACAGUAUACUGCUGCGAUCUCGAAGGAAACGAGCUAUGGAAGUUUCGCGACCCGUCUCUCAAAUAUCCUUGUGCCCUUGCCUACAAUCGGGAGGGAUACGUGUUCGUGGUCGGAAAUCUCUCGCAAAACAUCUUGGUAACAUCUUCGGAUGGACAACAAAGUAAAUCUCUUUUGAGCAAACUUGAUGGUGUGGAUGGACCUGCUGGGAUUUAUUUUGAUCAAAGGUCAAGUCGAUUGCUUGUAGUGUCUGCCAGUUUCAAGGGAGUUGUUGCGUUAUACGACGUUAUCACAAAGCCAAAAUUUUCAAACGUUUACAGUUCUUAAUUUUUUUUACAUAAUUUCUUUGAAGUUACCAUCUUGUGGACGUUUUAAAGUUUUUUU